AUGUUGCCAGUCGGUAGAGACUGAAGUUAACCGAAGGGCGGAUUAAUACAUAGGAAGGGAACUUCCUCUUACAAUAUAAACCGGGCCUUGAUUCCACAUUACCGGCAUUUCACCGCUACUGCAGGUCAGGUUUUUUAGUCGGUGGUAAAACCACAGUGAAGGGUAUUUAUCUUUUUUAUUUAUACAAGUUGUUUACAAAAUGCCUGGAUAUUCCGACAGAGACCGCGGCCGAGACAGAGAUAGAGACAGAGGAUAUGGCGGUGGUCCUCCUCGCUUUGGUGGCAACCGUGGUGGUGGCGGAGGAGGUGGAGGAAAGUUCGGCAAUCCAGGUGAAAGGCUGCGGAAGAAACAAUGGAACCUGGAUGAGCUCCCAAAGUUUGAGAAAAACUUCUACCAAGAACAUCCCGAUGUUACUAGGAGGUCUCCGCAAGAAGUUGAAAUGUACAGAAGAACCAAAACAAUCACAGUUAAAGGGAGAAGCUGCCCAAAUCCAAUUGCAAAGUUCCAUGAGGCCAGCUUUCCAUCUUAUGUGAUGGAUGUGAUCAACAAACAGAACUGGACUGAACCAACACCCAUCCAGGCCCAAGGCUGGCCUCUGGCUCUCAGUGGCCAGGAUAUGGUCGGCAUUGCACAGACUGGUUCUGGCAAGACGCUUUCUUAUUUGUUGCCUGCAAUUGUGCACAUCAACCACCAGCCUUUCCUGGAGCGUGGCGAUGGCCCUAUAUGCUUGGUGCUAGCCCCGACCCGUGAGCUUGCACAGCAGGUGCAACAGGUGGCUGCAGAAUAUGGCAGAGCGUCUCGCCUGAAGACUACCUGUAUAUAUGGAGGAGCUCCCAAGGGACCCCAGAUACGUGACCUGGAAAGAGGUGUCGAGAUCUGCAUCGCCACUCCAGGAAGGCUCAUUGACUUCCUUGAGGCCGGAAAGACAAACCUCCGUCGGUGCACUUAUCUUGUCCUGGAUGAGGCAGACCGAAUGCUGGACAUGGGCUUUGAGCCACAGAUCCGAAAAAUUGUUGACCAAAUCAGGCCUGACAGGCAGACACUGAUGUGGAGUGCCACUUGGCCCAAAGAGGUUCGCCAGCUGGCAGAGGACUUCCUGAAGGAGUACGUGCAGAUCAAUAUUGGGGCCCUCCAGCUCAGCGCCAACCACAACAUCCUGCAAAUUGUGGAUGUCUGCAAUGAUGCAGAGAAGGAAAACAAGCUUAUCCGUCUACUUGAAGAAAUCAUGAGUGAGAAGGAGAAUAAGACCAUCAUCUUUGUAGAGACAAAGAGGCGAUGUGAUGAUCUCACCAGGAGGAUGAGAAGGGAUGGGUGGCCAGGUAUGGGAAUCCAUGGAGAUAAAAGCCAGCAGGAAAGAGACUGGGUUCUCAAUGAGUUCAAAUAUGGAAAAGCUCCAAUUCUCAUUGCAACUGAUGUUGCUUCCAGAGGUCUAGAUGUGGAAGAUGUGAAAUUUGUCAUCAACUUUGACUACCCCAACAACUCUGAGGACUAUAUCCACCGCAUUGGCAGAACAGCUCGUAGCCAAAAGACAGGCACAGCUUACACCUUCUUCACUCCCAACAACAUGAGGCAGGCCAGUGACCUCAUCGCUGUGCUCCGCGAGGCCAACCAGGCAAUCAACCCCAAGCUCCUCCAAAUGGCGGAAGACAGAGGAGGGCGUUCAAGGGGAGGCAGAGGUGGUGACUACAGAGAUGACCGUCGGGAUAGGUAUUCUGGAAGGCGUGAUUUUGGCAGUUUUAGGGACCGGGAUAAUGGUAGAGGGUUUGAGAACGGACCAAGUAAAACGUAUGGCACAAAUUCACAGAAUGGAGGCUAUGGGGGUAAUAACAGCAGUGGCAAUGGCUUCAGCGGAGCCAGCUACAAUGGUAAUGGACAGUCCAACUUUAACAACCAACCUGGAGCCUUCGGAGGCCAGAACUUCCAGGCCCAACCGUUUGCUCUUGCUAAGGGUGGCGCGCAGAGUGGCGCUAGUCACCCCCCAUUCCCCUUCCCCCAGGCACAGGCUCCGCAGCAGCAUCCUCCACCGCUGGUGCCAUACCCCAUGCCUCCUCAGUUCUCUCAGUAAACGCACCGUACACUUGAAAAAAGUAAAUAAUUGCUUUUGUCUCGUUUUAAGUUCUACACAUAAACCAGAUUUUUUUUUUUUUGUAUUUACACAACAGGGUUACAAAACAACUUUAACCUCUAUCAAGCCUUUUAAGAUCUGCAGUGCAGCAGUAGUUGUGUUGCACACUUGUUUUCCUAUUAUACUAUUUAAUUUGUUACAUUCCUCAGUAAUGUUUAGUUAUGUUUUGUACUAGGUAAUUACAAAUGUAUUGGUUUUUCAUGUGUAUCAUUGAAAGUGAUGUUAAGCUCCUAACUUGGAAGUGCACUGCAUGAUCUUUCAAAAUAAAACAUAAAAA